AUGUUAAAAAAGAAAACUAUUAUUACUUUGGCCGUAAUCGAAGACUUCGAAGUUUUUAAUCCAAAAUCGUACAAGCUAGUCUAUGUUUUAAUCGAAGGAGAAGAAUUUAAAGAUGGAGAACAGAGAUUCAAGACGAAAAAUGUGGCGAAAAAACGUGAACAAUUGUUUCACGAAGAAAUUGAGAAACAUAAUCAAAGGGUUGAAAGGGCGGCAAUUAUAAAAGACCAAGUCGCUGAAGCACUUUUAAUUUCAAAUACGUCAUUUAUCGCGAAGUAUGAAAUGUUGUUAGAUUUGGAAGAUAAAGCAACUAAAGAACGUUUAACUGUUGAAAUAUUCAAAGAAUUUGAAGUAUUGAUUCGUGGAAGUAGAUUGAAAAUUCCAAACACUGAAAAACCAGAUGAUUUGAUCUUGGUACUUGCAGUACAAUACGAAAAAUCUAAACAGAUCAUUAAUGAAAU